CGUACAGCAGCUCCGCGUGCGUGCGCAGCAGCGCGCCCCGAGGCGCGUCCCCACCGAGGCGGAACAGCAGGUGCAGCGCGCUUCCGCGGCGCGCCAGGAGGACCAAGCGCGACUGCGGCACAUCGUCUUCGUGGUCCGCGGCAGGGCCUGGGAACAGCAAGCUCGGCAGAGCCCGGGAGGCGGCGGGCGCGAGAGCGCGGUUCCGCAGCAGGCGUAGGGCCAGCCGCACGUCCCCAGACUCCAGCGCCACGAAGCUGCGCAGCCCGAGCGGCCCUCCCGGUGCGUUGAGCCGCCUCUCUAGCGCCUCGCGUACGCGGCUGCGGCCCGCAAAGCGUCGGUACACGUGGAGCAAAUAGCGCGCCCACUGCAGCGCCCUGCGUACCUUCGCGGCGUCCCACGUGCUCACCAGCGUCCCACACGACACGGCCAGCAGUUCGGAGAAGCGCUCCGUUUGCUGCACAAGCGGCUCCAUGGCGGCCGCAUCCGCCCUGACCUUCCGAGGCGCGAGCCGAUUGGACGUGAGCGUGAGGGCCCGCCUCAGCCUGCUGUGUCAUUGGACGACGGCCGUGUCAGUCUCGCCACAGGGUUUCCGGGGCACAUUGGCGCUGGAAAUGAACUAGGAGAAAGCCACACUUGUACUCUGGGUCCGGGAGAGGACUCGCGAUUGCGUGUUUGUGCGCCAGGAUUUUAUGUGCCCUUUCGUUUUAAAAAUGCCAGUGGUAAACAUUUUGGCGCUUCCCCGAAAGGGGACCGAUGUUCAUCAUUCUUAGCACUGCGGAUGUGAUCGGUUUGCGAACUCAAAGCUCUUAAAUGACCAGUUUUCCUGGUACUUGUGGAACCAGGACCCUCACAGGCUGUGCUGUAUCCCCGAACUUUUUUCUUUUUCCCUUAUUUAUAUUAUUUAUUGAUUCUGAGGAAACCUAUCACUAAAUUGUGCAUGCAGCCUUUCAGUUUGCAAUUCUUCUGCUUCGACUAACCUAGUGACUGGCAGCACUAUCCUGAGGCAUACUGGCCAAGCAGUAAAUGAAAGUCUAAGCUCAAAUGAAUCUAUUUAUUUAUGCUAGACUCUGAAAAGUGCUGGGCAUUCAUAUCAGAACAUAUAGUUAAGCCAGAUUUGUUUAGAUUUUAUAGUCCAGACUAUAGUGUUUGGCCUUGUGAUUUUAUUUUAGUCUAACUGUAUGAUGGGUUUUAAAGUUUCUGGUCGUAGCUGUUAGGAAUUACAGAGGUCACUGGUUCAUCCACUUACUGAAUACUAAGUCACGUGGUAUGAUAGCAAGUGAGGUACGGGAUUAGAGCAGUAGAGAUAAGUGUAGUUAAAUGCCACUGUAUCCCACAGGAAACACUAACAUUCCUUAGUCUUUCAACUUAACUUCAUAAUGUGGUAGACAGAAGUAAGAGUCACUAGAUCAUAGAUGUUAGGGAAAGCCCCAUUAAACUUUCCUUUCAACUGAAUGCCCAAAGGACACAACUCUGAAAAAGCCUCAAGGCCAUGGGAAGCAUUAAGUCUUAAACCAUCAGAAUGAAAACCAGAUCUAAUCCAGGAUGAGAAAGAAGUCCAAAACAGCUUCAUUUCCAAGUGGCUGGGACAGUGCAGAGAACCUUGAGCAGCACUCACCUUUUCAAAGCCAGUAUUAUGUUAAAUCUCAGCUCCACAGUGAGCAUGUCAACUCUUAGCUUCCUGCCUCUAUUGCAGUGCUUGCCUCCUACCACGAUGGACUUUAGUCCUACUGGAACCCUGAAACCUGUUUUAUAUGUGCCUCUCAAAUGUUCUUUGCUGGAGUAUCAUUUGCCUGGAUGUGAAAAGACGAGAUACAUUGCUCUAACAGAAGCCAGAAGCCACAUUGCAUGGUGUUAGGAGUGGAUAAAUGAUGUGCACUGCCCUGAGCCCCAAGGUUCGCAGUGGACCUGGCCUGUCUGAUAUGCAUCAGUACAGCCAGUGGCUGGCCAGCAGACAUGAAGCUAAUUUGCUGCCAAUGAAAGAAGACUUGGCCUUGUGGCUAACCAAUCUAUUAGGGAAAGAGAUAACAGCAGAAACUUUCAUGGAGAAGUUGGAUAAUGGUGCCUUGCUCUGUCAGCUUGCAGCAACUGUGCAGGAGAAAUUCAAAGAGAGCAUGGAUGCCAACAAGCCUGCCAAGACCCUACCACUGAAGAAGAUUCCUUGCAAAGCCAGUGCACCUUCGGGCUCCUUUUUUGCCCGAGACAACACAGCCAAUUUCCUAUCCUGGUGCCGAGAUUUGGGAGUUGAUGAAACAUGUCUUUUUGAAUCUGAAGGCCUGGUUCUGCAUAAGCAGCCCCGAGAAGUGUGUCUCUGUUUGCUAGAACUUGGUCGGAUUGCAGCCAGGUAUGGUGUGGAGCCCCCUGGUCUGAUAAAGCUGGAAAAAGAAAUUGAACAAGAAGAGACACUUUCUGCCCCGUCUCCUUCACCUUCUCCUUCAUCAAAGUCUUCAGGAAAGAAGAGUACUGGAAACUUACUGGAUGAUGCAGUAAAAAGAAUCUCUGAAGAUCCUCCCUGUAAGUGCCCAACCAAGUUCUGUGUGGAGCGGCUCUCUCAAGGUCGAUACCGAGUGGGAGAGAAGAUCCUCUUCAUCAGGAUGCUGCACAACAAGCAUGUGAUGGUCCGUGUGGGAGGAGGCUGGGAGACCUUCGCAGGCUAUCUGCUCAAGCACGACCCCUGCCGCAUGCUGCAGAUCUCUCGUGUGGACGGCAAGACAUCCCCUGUCCAGAGCAAAUCCCCAACCCUGAAGGACAUGAACCCAGAUAAUUACCUAGUGGUCUCUGCCACCUACAAGGCUAAGAAGGAGAUUAAAUGAAACUGAUCUCUGAGAGAGGACUCAUGCAAUGGCCUGUGUCCAUUCUCCAGUGUAGUCAGUGUAGUUCACAUGCUCUGAAAAACCACACAUCAGGCAGGAAAAUACUCAAAAGGUAGCACUAUUUAUUUUUAAUGCAUCUGUAGAAUGUUGCCUAUGGAGAAAAAUUCUAAACUCAACGAAAUCAGAUAAAUUGUAAGCAAAUCAUUAUUUUUCAAUAUGUGAACAUAGUAUUAGAACAAACCUUGUUAGGAACUAAGUUCUAGGUACAGCCAUUGAAGGUGAUCAUGACUAGGAGACUGUUUUUACAUAUAUGAGUAGGUCAACAGAAAGUGCCUGCUGUAUGUCUAUGAGCUAAAGCACCCCAGAAACUUUUAUAAUGGCGGGAUUUUAUAACUAUUUUUUACAAAGUGACAAUGUGAUAAUGUGCUACUAAAAUUUAUCUGAGAGCACUAUAUAGUCCAGAGUUUUCUCAGCCAUAAUACUUAACUGGAAAGGUUACUUCAGAGAUGUUUACAUUGACUUGGAAGAUUGCCUUAAAGUUCAUCUCUGAUCCCUGACCAGAGCAACCUCUGGGGUACUUUUGGAUGUUGCCUGUGCAGCCCCUUAGGAUAGCAGGUACCUUUUACACACAGAGAAGCUGUGUUUAGGAUGAUCACUUAGUGAAAUACACAUGCCUAAGCUAGCAUACAUUCACAUUUUGAUGUGUGGACUGCACAGUCAAAUGUUCAUCAACCUUGUGAUUUUGUUUAUUUCAAGCAUUUUCUUAUUAAAAUAUGUAUCUUUAGUUAGUCCUCUUCUGCUGUGCUGUCUCAUGAAAUAAAUCCAUGUAGUGAAUGAUGUUACAGACCCGUAUACCCAGGACAGGGCUGCUUUGUAUCAAUACACAGCAAGAUAUUGUCCACACUGAUUUAAAAAUUAAAAACAAAAAGUUAAAAAAAAACCCACACAUUAUCUGUCUCUGUAUCAGUGCUUCACUCUUAAAUAAAGUUAAUCUUCAAAACUACUAAUUU